AUGUCUUUCAACAACAACAUGACGAACAACGGCAGCCCCACGGAGGAUAUCUUUGGUGAGUUCUCCUUCAACGACAUCAGCAGCAGCCCGUAUGCCUUUGCUCUCCCGGAAGUGUCGCCUGCCACCCCAGUCUCUGCACAAAGAUACGCGCUGCGUUCUGGAAAGGUAGCACAGGCCGCCCCGUCUGAGGAGCCGAUCACCCGGACUGCUAUUAUCACGCAGUCCCAGGGGAAGAGCAACCCGCCGCCGAAAAAUGCAAAGGUAAGUCAUUCUCGCAACAAGUUUUCGGGCAGCCGGAUUACCGACUACGAGUGGUACGACCGCUUUCCGGUGCGGAGCAACUGGAAGGCAGGCCACGUGCAGAUCCGAUACACCGGCCUAGGUGAGCUCCGGCCCACGCUGACAUUUGAACGCGACACACUGCUGGCCUAUGUGCACGGAUGUCGGGAGCAGUCGAUCCCGCUCCGGUUUUGGAUCCAGAACCCGCCGACGAUGCAGAAAGAGCGGUACAUGACGCAAGCAUCACACCUGUGCCGGUAUAUCGACUGUCCUGUCCCGUCCCGGACGAUCAUGCGCGGCAUGCUCCAGGUGAGUAUGGACGAGCAUCCGACCGCGACGAGCAACGGCCAGCUCGACCCCUUCUUCACCGCCGGCUGCUUCCACCUGCACUGCUUGGAGGAGAUGAUCGCACUUCCCGAGCUGAUGCAGGUGGCCGACGUCGAGGCGGACGUACGGGAUCUGCCGCUCGAGGAGAAGAACCCGAUGAGCCUGAACCGGGAAGAGAGACUGAGCACGGCUUACAGCGAGUGGAAGGCGGAACACUUUGACCAGUACGUGCGCAGAGGGCUGGCCAUCCCGACAGAGCAGCGCCGAAAGCAGCGGCUGGUCUGGUACCUGAUGCACAAAAAGGUGCAGUACCAGCCGAGCACGCGGCAGCGGAAGCGCCAAGAACGACGCGGCAACGAUCUCACGAAGCACUGGGGCGAUCUGCACAAGUUUGUGGCGCUCAACAUGAAGGCUCGACAGCAGAAGAAGGACAGCACGGCAGCAACACUGCCUAAGCGCCGCCGUGCUCACGAUUCCUACAACGGCCGAUCCGGGAAGCGGGCUUGUUUCGACGAGCCAUCACCCUCUCUCCUGGGCUGGCCGAGUCCGCUCUGGGCUGUGCCGCCGCCUCUUCCGACUUCAGGUAUGUAUGUCCCUUAUGGCGUCCUGCCGCCUUACAUGGCCAGCGCCCAGACAUUCUACCCGUACCCAUGUGACUCGUCGUAUUCUGCUGCUCCGUAUGAUUUUCAGCACGUGGAGCCCUUUUUGGGUUCUGGGCAGCUGAACUUUACGUUCUUUGACGCAGAGGCAGAAAAGGGGGAGCUGGAGUGGAGUGAGGCCCAACUGGCCGGCAGCGACUUGAUUAUCGACCCAUUACUGCUACAGCAGGACUUGGCUGCCGCGAUGUCUUUAGAGGGAACGCCCCUGGCCCAAUCGGCUAUUAGCACGGACGACCUUGUCUCUGAAUUUGGCGACCUGCUGGUCGAUAUGGAGUAG